AGUUCCGCCCGGGCGCGCUCACCGGCCGCAGGAAGUUGCUGCAAAACUUUUCUCGGCGGGGUGUGCAGCCGGUGCCCCCCGCGCCCCGGGGCCGGAUGCGCGCCGCCUAGGGUGCCCCGGGCGCACAGGGGUGCCCGGCGGGAGGCGCGCGGACAGGGCGCCCCGGCCCCGCGGCCCGGGGGCUAUGGCCAUGGUGACCGGCGGCUGGGGCGGCCCGGGCGGCGGCGGGGAAAGGAACGGCGUGGACAAGGCGGGCGGCUACCCGCGCGCGGCCGAGGACGACUCGGCCUCCCCCUCGGGCGCCGCCAGCGACGCGGAGCCCGGCGACGAGGAGCGCCCGGGGCUGCAGGUGGACUGCGUGGUGUGCGGGGACAAGUCGAGCGGGAAGCACUACGGCGUGUUCACCUGCGAGGGCUGCAAGAGCUUCUUCAAGCGGAGCAUCCGCCGCAACCUCACCUACACCUGCCGGUCUAACCGUGACUGCCAGAUCGACCAGCACCACCGGAAUCAGUGCCAGUUCUGCCGGCUCAAGAAGUGCUUCCGGGUGGGCAUGAGGAAGGAGGCCGUGCAGCGCGGCCGCAUCCCGCACUCGCUGCCGGGGGCCGGCGCGGCGCCGGCGGGCAGCCCCCCGGGCUCGGCGCUGGCGGCGGCGGCGGGCGGGGACCUGUUCCCGGGCCAGCCGGUGUCGGAGCUGAUCGCGCAGCUGCUGCGCGCCGAGCCCUACCCCGCGGCGGCCGGGCGCUUCGGCGCGGGCGGCGGCGCGGGCGCCGUGCUGGGCAUCGACAACGUGUGCGAGCUGGCGGCGCGGCUGCUCUUCAGCACGGUGGAGUGGGCGCGCCACGCGCCCUUCUUCCCCGAGCUGCCCGUGGCCGACCAGGUGGCGCUGCUGCGCCUCAGCUGGAGCGAGCUGUUCGUGCUGAACGCCGCGCAGGCCGCGCUGCCUCUGCACACGGCGCCGCUGCUGGCCGCCGCCGGCCUGCACGCCUCGCCCAUGGCCGCCGACCGCGCCGUGGCCUUCAUGGACCAGGUGCGCGCCUUCCAGGAGCAGGUGGACAAGCUGGGCCGCCUGCAGGUGGACUCGGCCGAGUACGGCUGCCUCAAGGCCAUCGCGCUCUUCACCCCCGACGCCUGUGGCCUCUCGGACCCCGCGCACGUGGAGAGCCUGCAGGAGAAGGCGCAGGUGGCGCUCACCGAGUACGUGCGCGCCCAGUACCCGGGGCAGCCGCAGCGCUUCGGUCGUCUGCUGCUGCGGCUGCCCGCUCUGCGCGCAGUGCCCGCCUCGCUCAUCUCGCAGCUGUUCUUCAUGCGCCUAGUGGGCAAGACUCCCAUCGAGACGCUGAUCCGGGACAUGCUGCUGUCCGGCAGCACCUUCAACUGGCCCUAUGGCUCCGGCCAGUGACCUCACGCCAGCGGCAGCCCGGAGGCUCCCUGCUCCACAGACUCCUGUUUAAAGACUGUGACGUGUUUGUCUUUUCUGUUUUUUCAAUGAUCAUGAAACCAAAAAGAGACUGAUUUUCCACGCUCCCCCCACGCCCUUCCCAGAGCCCCGGUGGUGUGGUGACCAGGAACUGGAAAUGGGCCAGUCCCGGCCACUGCUGCCCCUCAAUGCCCUCCCCCUGCUGGUGGGGAUAGUCCCGGCCUGGGCUCCCUGGACAGUAUCGGUAAGGUACACUACACGCUGAGAGAAUCAAGGCCAAUAAUAAAGACAUUUCCGAUCCGCA